CCCUCAGCGGCUCCCGAACCCUGCCACGUCCACUCGGCUGGGUGGGGCCCGGCUCCCGCGGGGCGGGCAGGGUGUGGGGAGCCCGGGGCUCGUUACAGCGGUUCUACCCCUCACGACGCAGGCAUGGCGGCUGAGGACCAGCAGAAGGAUGCCGAGGAGGAAGGGCUGAGCGCCGCGACCCUGCUGCCGAAACUGAUCCCAUCCGGCGCCGGCCGUGAGUGGCUGGAGCGACGCCGCGCGACCAUCCGGCCCUGGAGCACCUUCGUGGACCAGCGGCGUUUCUCGCGGCCCCGCAAUCUGGGCGAGCUGUGCCAGCGCCUCGUCCGCAACGUGGAGUACUACCAGAGCAACUAUGUGUUCGUGUUCCUGGGCCUCAUCCUGUACUGCGUGUUGACGUCCCCCAUGCUACUGGUGGCUCUGGCCGUCUUCUUUGGUGCCUGUUACAUCCUUUAUUUGCGCACGUUGCAGUCCAAGUUUGUGCUCUUUGGCCGAGAGGUGAGCCCUGCCCAUCAGUAUGCUCUAGCUGGGGCCGUCUCCUUUCCCUUCUUCUGGCUGGCUGGUGCAGGCUCGGCUGUCUUCUGGGUCCUGGGAGCCACCCUCGUGGUCAUCAGCUCCCACGCCGCCUUGCACAAGAUCGAGACCGUGGACGGGGAAGAGCUGCAGAUGGAGCCGGUGUGAGGCAUCUCCCAGGACCUGCCAGCCUCCCGAACCAGCUGCCCCAUCUCUGCACCGCUGUCCUGCACGGCUCUGCUGCUUCGGCCAGAGGCCCCCUUCCUAUCCCAGCCCAAGGAGGGACCCAGCUUUGGAAAUAAAGCUGUCGUAGUUGUGUCAUGCAGCA